AUGAGCCAAGGCAAUAGAAGCCUCCACUUCCCAUGUCAACAGGCGUCUCUUGCUGUUGAUGCCUCUAUUAAGGAGUGCCAGGAAGCGACCGCAAAAGUAGAUAAACUAGUCUCCAAAGCUCAUAUAUUUCUAGAUUCCUUGAAGGCUGCUGCUGCCAAAAACGCUCAAACUCUCAACGCUUCAGUCGAGAACCUUCAAAGGUCUCUUCAAUGUGAGCGCUCGAACCAUGAAGCGGCACGCCAAGCCAUUAAACAAGCCAACGAAACUCUCCAUGCUAAUGUCAACGAUCGCUUAACUCAACUGGAAGCGGAGUUAGCUGUGGAGAAUCACAUUAUGGAUGAGCUCGACAGACGUACUGCCCAACUUAAAUUGUAG